AUGGCGUUGACGGCCGCAUGGGAGAGCAGAGGGGCAGCGCAAGAGGGGGGAGGAGGAGGAGUCGAGCUGGCGCGCAGCGGCAAGGGUGGCAAUGGCGAAGAGAGGAUCAGGCAGGAGCACAUGUUCGACAAGGUGGUGACGCCGAGCGACGUGGGCAAGCUGAACCGGCUGGUGGUGCCGAAGCAGUUCGCGGAGCGGCACAUCCUCCCGCGGCUGCUCGGCGGCGCGGCGAGGGCGGCCUGCCCGGGCGCCGUGCUACGGUUCGAGGACGGCCGCGGCGGGGGGAAGGCGUGGGCGUUCCGCUUCUCCUACUGGGGCAGCAGCCAGAGCUACGUCAUGACCAAAGGGUGGAGCGCCUUCGUCCGCGACCGCCGCCUCGCCGCCGGCGACACCGUCUCCUUCUGCCGCGCCGGCGCACGCCUCUUCAUCGACUGCCGACGGCGUGGCGCCGGAAUAGUAGCCUCGGCGCCGGUGACACGCCUCCUCGUGCCAGCGGUGGUGCCGCGAGUUGUCACGCUCAUGCCGCAGCGGUCGACGCCCUCAGACGAGAGGGCGCCGCGCGGCCGGUGCGUCCGGCUGUUCGGCGUGGACCUCGAGCUCGCCGGCGCCCAGCCGCUGCCGCUGGAUUUGCAGCUAGCUUUGAUGAGAAGAUGA